CGCCAGUACCGACUGCUGAUUGUAACGGACUGCCGAUUCCAAACCAGGUUAUGUAUAUCGUUGCUCUGAUGUACCAGUUUCUUAGCUGUUUCAAUCUUCGGUGUUUUUCUUCACGAAAUUUAAAUUUAGGCCAUCUUUAAUUUACUACAUUGGGUUAACUCUCAGGGGAAUCAUGAAUUUUGGGAAAGAAUGCAUCCAGCUUCCCUCAUAUUAAACCCUAGAUUCUCACGGUCAAACAACACAGAUUUGUGUUAUAGCUCCACUUUAAGAGGAAAUAAAGUCUUAUGCAUGUAUUGAAUCUGUAAAUACAAUAAAUCAAUUGGAAAAUCAUGCCAUAUGAGCUUCAAUUCAUACAAUACGUUCGCCGAGUUGUUUAACACGGCUAGGGUUUCGGAUUCCGGUGAGUUUGAUAGUGCUUUGAGUAAUUUGACGGUUAGGUUACAGGCGGAAGUUGCCGGAGGAGAUUCGUUUAGGAAAUUAGCGGUUGGAAGUGUGUCGUUUGGGCCAUAUUCGGUGACCAUCUACGGGAUGAUGCAAUAUACACCUGAUUUGUCUAAGGAGCAGUGCAGUGAGUGUUUGGAUGGUGCAGUUGGGGAGCUACGUGGUUGUUGUAGUGGUAUAGUGGCAGCAAGGGUGUUUUAUCCGAAUUGCUUUGUGAGGUAUUCGAAUGAGCAUUUUUAUAAUGAUCCUCUGCUUAUUUCGGUCCCUUCGAAGUUGACUCGAGGCAAAAAGAACAGCACUGCAAGAAUAAUUUAUGUGGUCGUUCCCGUGGUAUGUGUCUCUGUUGGGUUGAUUCGAAUCGGCAUCUGGUUCUUUCUUACAAAAAUAUGGCAAAAGGACGGUGUGUCAAAGAAAGAAACUGCUAGCUUCUCUACUCUAAUUACGAAACGGACACUAAGUUCAACUAAUGACACUGUUGGAAUGGAGACUAUUAGCGUACAUCUUUGCAAUACGAUUUUAAGACGAUUGAAGUUGCAACAAACUACUUUUUCUCAAAAGAACAAGAUCGGGAGAGGUACGAGAUCUAAGGGAGGCGGCGACAUAAUUUGGAACUAG